UGCACUGCUGAUUUCUCGGAAUAGCCCCGUUUAACCACAAUGGAUGGGAAUAAACAAUAACUACGUAACGUAUAUAACUGCAGGCCAUCUGUUUGAAGUUCAGUCGUCCUUCGCUGGCCAGAAAUCAACGAGUCAAUAUGGCUUGCGGCAGUCACAUGCCAGCUCCGGUGUGUCUCAUUGAAAAUGGUCACGACGGCAAACUGUUUGUUACAAAAGAUGCCAUAGACAUUCUCAAUGGGAUCAAUGAGCCGGUGGUGGUCGUGUCCAUAGUGGGACUCUACCGUACAGGGAAGUCUUACCUUAUGAACCGCUUAGCAGGACAACAGUCAGGCUUUGCACUUGGGAACACUGUUGAGUCAAAGACCAAAGGCAUCUGGAUGUGGUGUGUCCCUCAUCCAUCUGUAAAAGGACAGACUCUGAUGCUGUUGGACACUGAAGGACUGGGUGAUGUGCAAAAAGGAGACUCCAAGAACGACGGCUGGAUCUUCUGUCUGGCUGUGUUGCUCAGCAGCACUCUGGUGUACAACAGUAGGGGAACCAUCGAUGAUGAUGCAGUACAAAAGCUGCAAUACAUUACUGAGCUCGCUGAGCAGAUCAAGAUCAGAUCAUCAUCUCCAUCGGAAGAUGAGGAGGAGGAGGAAGAAAAUUCUCAGUUUGUGUGUUUUUUUCCAUCAUUUGUCUGGGUUGUCAGGGAUUUCACCUUGGAUCUGGAAAUUAAUGGGAAAACGGCAACAGAGGAUGAAUAUCUCAAAUAUGCUCUUAAGCUAAGGAAAGGUUUAAGUAAGAAAAACACUGAAUACAACCUGCCUCGUGAGUGUAUCCGGAGAUAUUUCCCUUCCCGGAAGUGUUUCGUGUUUCCACCUCCAGCCUCACCGGAAAACAUGAGACGUCUAGAGAGCCUACGUUUAGAGGACCUGGUGGGAGACUUUCGAGAAGCCGCAGGUCGUUUCUGUGAAUACACGUUUCUCAAGAGUCCUGUGAAAACACUGAAAGGAGGCCACAGAGUUACUGGGAAAUUGCUCGGUCAGUUGGCUAAGAUUUAUGUAGAGACCAUAAGCAGUGGUAAAGUUCCCUGUCUGGACAAUGCUGUGGUCGCUCUUGCAAAUCUAGAGAACAAGGCGGCUGUUCAAGAAGCUCUCAAAGUGUAUCAGAGUGGAAUGGAGGAAGUAAGUUACACAUUUUUAUUCAAAACAUUCCUAUUUUGGCUAAUGCACUGUACAUUAUCCAUGUGUUUUCAGGUAAUGAAUAAGUUUCCAGUCAGCAUGGAGAAUAUUACCAACGUGCACCAGAAGUCCAGCAGUCUGGCCACCUCCGAAUUCCUGAAACGCUCCUUCAAAGAUGAAAAAGGAGAAUACAUUGCAAACCUAAAGGAAGAUAUAGAUAUGCACUAUACAAAGCUACUGAAUCAGAAUGAGAUGGCAUCAGAGAGGAAGUGUAAAGAGCUGUUGAAGGAUCUGUUCUCUGACAUGAAUGAACGACUGCAGAAUGGAGAAUACAGUCAGUGUGGAGGAUAUGAAAUCUACUGCAGAGACAGAGACGCCAUCAUUGCACAGUACCGCAGAGAACCCAACAAAGGAGUCAAGGCUGAGGCCGUGCUGAAUGAGUUCUUGAAUGAUAGAGCAGCUGAGGCAAACAGCAUCCUUCACGCUGAUAAGAAACUCACUGAGAAUGAAAGAAAGAUCAAAGAGGGGAAAGAGAAGGAAGAGCUUCUGCAACAGAAGUGUAAAGAGGAAGAAGAGAAGCGUAUUGAGAGCAAGCGAAUGAUGGAGGUGGAGCAAGAGCGCCAGAAGGACACAAUAAAGCAGAUGAAGGAGAAUUUCGACAAGGAGAUGGAGCAACGGCGAGAGGAGAUGGACAGAGCUAUGGAAAGCAAACUUAAGGAACAGGAAGAGCUACUGAGCAAAGGCUUUAAAGAGAAAGCGGAUGAGCUCCAAGAAGAGAUCAAGAGUUUCAAAGAAAAAAAAGAGGGCAUAAGUGCUGGUGGCGUUUUUAAAGAUUAUGUUAUGCCUCUUCUUGGAACCGGCGCAGACCUGCUUUCUAACCUUUUCAUGCACAGAUCAUUAUUGAAAGGCCUGAAAGCAUUAAAAUAAUAACCCGGUUUUAGAUUUGUGCCAUUGGAGUAUAGAACAAGGAUGCUGGGUUGGAUUGAUUCAAUGUAUUUGGUUUGGCAGGUUUGCCUGCAUCAUGAUUUAUCGCAUUUAUUCUUUUAAUCAAUCACCUCUUUGUGGACUUUUCUGUUGUUUAUAAACCAUUUUUGUGUUUUGAAUGAAUCAGUGCAUCCCUUUAAGCUACUGUUGUUUUUGUUUAAUCUUAUUCCAAGUUUUGUUGAGAAAUGUGCUAUAUACGAUAGUAAAUCGUAUUUGCAAAAAAAAUCUUAUAAAAGGCCAAAUAAACCAUUAUUCAUAUGUAAACAAGUGUUCGUUUUAAUGGAAAAACUCAACCAUGAAAAAUAUUCUGCCAUUUAUUUAUUUGUUUGGUCUUGAGAUUCAAUUGUGUAGAGUGAGUGUAUACCAAGUGCAUUGUCCAUCCAGUAUCAUGGCUUCUGGUUACCUCAUAUCAGCUCCUGUGUGUUUUAUUGAA